GGGAAAGGAUCCCCCCCCCCCAAAAAAAAAAAAAAACUUUUUUUUCCCCCAAAGUCUUCACCGCACACUUUCACGCCAUUUUCCAGUCCGACCGAUGUUAAAAAGUACGCGUAAUCAAGCGGAGCUCGACGAUGAAGUGGAUAUCACCGAGGAGGGCCUGGAGAAAGGAAACAUGAGAGGGGGGAAAAAACUUGUGGAAUGAUGCCUGAGCGACUGCACGCCUCCCUACAAAGUUCGGCUAAGGCUUCCAGCGUUGGUUUCCACUCCUGUGCAGUUACAUCCAGUACGACACGGCGCUCCUGCCAUUACCCGAGAGCAAGGGGAAGAGUCCCACAAUGAAGGUGACGGUGACAUUUGGGCAGACGGGUGUGGUGGUGCCUUGUAAAGAGGGCUGGACUGUGAGGGACCUCAUCCAACAAGCCACUCAGAGAUACAGAAAACUGCUGGAACAGACGCCAGGGGGCACUCGAGCAAAAAAGGAAGGAGAAUUUGUGGUUCGAACACAUCAUGUUGAGUACUGCGAUGGGGGGAUUCUGGACCCUGAUGAUAUACUUAGUGAUCUUGUGGAGGACAAGGACAAGCUCAUGGCUGUGUAUGAGGAACAGGAAGCCCAGGAGAGGGACGCAGCCAAUACAAGCCCCGCGCCCAGCCAUGAUCGUUACCAGGCCGAGCUGUCUGUCUUCCAGCCAAUCACAGGAGGAGAGAUAGAAGUCAAUUCAUCAGCUCUCAAGUCAAACACCCCCCUGCUGGUGAGAAGCAGCAGUGAUUCAGCUCUCGGUCCUCAGUCGGCAGAGCUCGAAUUGUCCCGCCACGAAGAUGCCACUGUGAUGACAGCAAGUUCUUCUGUUGCGAGACCCCAAGUCAAAUAUGCUUUCAAUGAGAGCCUGACCAGAACUGUUGAGAUCCUUGGAGGGGACAGUCCUUUGGGAAUCCAUGUGAUUCCCUAUUGCUCAUCUCUCAGUGGACGGUCCCUUGGUUUGUUUAUUCGUGGAGUGGAGGAAGAGAGUCGCUCAUGUAAGGAGGGUUUGUUCCAGGAGGAUGAGUGCAUCGUCAAGAUCAACAACAGUGACCUCAUAGACAAGACUUUUAGCCAAGCCCAAGAAAUCUUCAGGCAGGCAAUGCACUCGUCCAUCGUCUCUUUGGAAGUACUUCCCUCAUCCAACAGAGAACGCUUUGAGAAAAGUCUGAUAGGUCAGCUUUUUAGCAACGGUGCGGGGCAUGACAGCAGUCCCCGCAUUCCCAAGACCAAAGAACCACCUCCACUUGUCAAAGCCAAACCUGUGUUCAGGCCUCCUGAGUUUGCUGUCGUGAGAGUAGCAGAGGAUGCUGGCUCUCUGGAAGCUGCUCGGUCCAAGGGGGGAAGUGAGAUUUCGCUUUCUGAGAAAAGCCCUGCCCUGUCCAGCCUGAUGACCAAUAAGAAAGGAGGACGGAAAUUGAGAAUUGACCUUACUAAAGGUUUGGAGGGGCUUGGAUUUACAGUGGUAACCAGAGAUUCAUCAGUUCAUGGCCCUGGUCCAAUUCUCGUCAAAAACAUUCUGCCACGUGGUGCCGCUGUGAAAGAUGGUCGCUUGCAAUCAGGAGACCGCAUAUUAGAGGUAAAUGGCGUGGACGUAACAGGUGUCGGUCAGGAGGAACUGGUGUCCAUGCUGCGCAGCACGCGGCACGGAGAGAGUGUGUCUCUAGUGGUUCUACGACAAGAGGACAUGUUUCUGCCCCGCGAGAUGAAAGAUGAUCGAUCUCGAGAGCCCGACUUAAUUUUGGAGAAUGGAAAGGAGCAACUCCUGUUCGAGGUCCCCCUCAAUGACUCAGGUUCAGCAGGGCUUGGCGUCAGCCUCAAAGGAAACAAAUCUCGGGAGACUGGAGAGGACUUGGGAAUUUUCAUCAAAUCCAUUAUACACGGAGGCGCUGCUUACAAGGAUGGACGUCUGCACGUCAAUGACCAGCUCGUCGCUGUAAAUGGAGAGUCUCUGCUCGGACGCUCCAAUCAUGUGGCCAUGGAGACACUCCGUCGAUCCAUGUCGCAUGAGGGAAAUGUAAGAGGGACCAUCCAACUUGUGGUGAUGAGAGUUCUGAAGGAUCAACAUGGGCUGUCCUCAAAUUGCUCUUUUGACAGCUCCCCGAUCUCGUCAGGUUUGAGGAAAGAAGUGAAUGGUCCUGCCGGAAUGGUUUUACAGACUCACACUGAAAAGAACAGCACGUACCACACAUCUGAUAGGUCAUAUGCAAGUAAUUGUCAUAUUGAUGACAAGGCAGAUCAAAAUGAACAUGGAACAGAAUCAAGAAGUUCUGCUCACCAGUGCUUGUACCUACAGGAAAGGGAAAUGUCUCCGUCUCAGUUCGACAUCCAGCAGCAGUUCCAGCAUGUAAAGGCCUCCAAGAGCAUAGACUUGGGGACCACUCUAAACCAGACAAACACUGAUGAGAGCCAUGGAGGAUCCCUGGUUGAAAGCACUGCAGCUCCCCCGACCCCUGUUGGACUCGGCCCGACUCUUGGCUUAAAAAAGUCUUGCUCGCUGGAGAGUCUGCAGACCGCGAUGUCUGAUGUGAACAGAAAGAAUGAACUCCUGCCUUUCCAUCGCCCUCGUCCAAAUAUGGUGAGAGGAAGAGGUUGCAACGAGAGCUUCAGGGCAGCUAUUGAUAAGUCCUACGAUGGGCCACCUGAAGACGAUGAUGAUGUUUCUGAGCAGAGUUCGGGACGGGAAACGCCAGCAAGUAGCUCUUCGCGCCAGGGGUUAGGGGAGCCAGGGGAGGAGAAAACCAAAGGAGACAAGAAAAAAAAAGCGAAAACCAAGGAGAAAGAUAAGCACCGAGGCAAAGGAAAAGACAAAGAGAAGAAAAAAGCAGAAGAGUCUGAGGAGACUGAAAAGAAGUCCAAGAAAAUAGGCUUUGGCCUGCUGAGAUUCGGAAAGAAAAAAGAGGACAAGAAGGACGCCAAAGCAGCUUUGCACCGUCAGAAGUCAGACGCUCUGACUGACCUGGAAUUUGAGAGAAUGAAAGAUGAGCGUGCGAGAAUUGAGGCCAGAAAUCCUGAUCUGCAUGAGCAACCCUCCAAAGACCAAGUCGCAGGUGGCGGAGCCAUAUAUGAAGAAGUUGGGGACGAGGAUACAGAUCCCAAUUAUGCCCGAAUACAGUCCUUUAAGGACCGUAAUUUGGCUUCCCCGGCACAGCGACAGCUUCAGUCCUCUCCACAUAAUACAGUCCAGCAUAGCUAUGUCAGGACCCCUUCUCCCCAAGGCCCAUCAACCUUUUCUGGGCAAGCCAGUCGCGGCUGUGACCCGGGAGCCGUACCUGAAGACCCGUUUGAUAGGCUUUAUGCAAAGGUCAACAAACCAAAAGCAGCUGGGACAUCCACAGUUCCCGCGUCUGCAACGUUCAAUGACAGCAAUAUAGACCGAAUCCAACAGCUAAGAAAAGAAUACCAGCAGGCAAAGAGAGAGGGAAUGGUACCCCCGUACGAAGAGGUGGAUCCUCGACAUCUAGGGAACGAAAAGGAAAGGAUUCCAGGCAGAGGGAAAGAUUAUCGAAUGGCGCCACAAUAUGAAGAGGUGGAGCGUCAGUAUGCCUCCCUACCAAGACGAGGUCCAUUGGAUCCAGCUGAGUACACCAUCCAUCCCUGGUCAAGUCAUUACAUCGGCGCUCCCCAGGCUCCACAAGGUUACCACAAGGCCCCGUCCUACCUUAACCCCAACUCGCAGUCCCCUCCAUCAUUCUCCAACUACCCCCCAAGCCAACCUUACUCACGGCCGGGGGACCCUCGGGGAAUUGACUCUGGUUUUUAUUCCCACCCAAGCUCCCAGCAGAGAGGACCCUUGCGGCAGGACGUGCCCCCGUCUCCCACCCCGCCGCUUCGGGGACUGCGGUACGACACGAUGACCCGCGGAACGACCGGUGCAGGAGGUUACAGACACCAGUGAAGCCACAGAAUCCACCUAGGCAUCGGUAUUCUGAUGUAAGAGAAUACUGUUCCUCCAGGCACCUUACGGAUCCCAGUCCAGAACAGUAUGGCUACACUGGGGACGCUGGACGACCGCAACAGCAACACCAAACCGACCCAAGGCAGAAGAAUGCAAUGACUGCAGCUGUGUAGAUUCUGACCCAGUGAGGAAAAUCUGAAAAUACAAAUAGUCUUUUUAAUACAAGGUUCCGCUCAGUCCUCCAAACGGAAAUCAAACCUUGGAAUGUGGAAUUCAGAUUUCUGUCACUAUCAAGCACAAGCUGCUGUUUAAAGUACCGGGCUGGGCUAAGCAAAGGACGGUUAUUGUAGAUCGUCAUGCACAAUAUCAUCUUGUUUGAAGCCUGCAUAGUACAACAGCACACGCAAAAUGUUAACUUUACCGGAGAAUCAUGUCUGCUCUCACUUGAGGGAAAUAUCAGCCAGUCUGCUGGUUAGACCACAAUUUUGGUCCAAAAAUGAACCCCAUUACUGUUUCCUCGUGGACCAUGAUCAGGAUUUAAGGGCUUUCACUUCACGAUUAAAUACGAUGACACCCAACAGCAUUCCGAUCCAUAGUAUAAACGCAUAUGCUAGCAUAACAAAGUAUGAAACGUUCUUACUGCACUUAUGAUUGAAAUGGUAUCAACCAUAACUUUUUACCAUAUUUGAAUCAAAGUUAUAACCACUUCAUUUCACGUGAAGACGCAAUAAUGAGUUCAUUUUGAGUUUAUCUUUUGAUUUAUUUUUUUUUUAUCUACGUGAAUGUAUGGAAACUUUGUAACAUAGUCACCCACGAACAGAUCUAACUCCAAGAUUUGUCUUUUUAAAGAUGAAUUAAUAAAAAAGGACACACCACUGUUUUAAACAGGCCAAAAUCACCCGCACACUUAACAAUUUUGCUGUUAAAAAAAUACAAUAACAUGACAUGAAUGAGUCUUUUUUUAUGGGCAAUUUAAAGAAUGCACACACCAAAGUAAGAUUGUUUCGUGAUCUUUUAUAAAAAAAAAAAAAAAAAAAUUCACUGAAAGAAAAUAACUGCAAACUUUUUGCCAUAUCAGUCGAGAUCCCCGUGGUAUCUCUUUGGCCCGGUGGUGCGUUCAAGUGCGCAGGGGAAAGAUGCCGGAGAGUCCACUUAGCGCCGGCACACCAUUUAACCACUCGCCGAAAAGUCACUUCACAGAACGAAGCGUUCCAACCUGUGUCAACAUCCCCGUUUCCUAGUUUCGCAGUAUUAACAUCGGCGGGUAUCGCGUGUACAAAAUAACAUUUCAAUAUCUGCUAAAUUGCUUUUGAUGAAACUCCACUGUAGCAUUUCGUUAUAAGCGUUUCGCUGUCAGUUUUGGCCUCACGAAAAGGGUACGAAUAAAUAGAGUGGAGGGCUAAGAUGUGAAAAAGUAGUAUUGAAGUGUGGUAAGUACUGUAUAUGCAGGAAGAGGACCAAUAUACAUAAUAGCUAGAAGAUGCAGUACAGGAAUCACGAAUGGGGCCCAGAAGGGUUUGAGUGAGAGGUUGGACUAAAACAUGCAAAAGUAGCUCUGCGGUGGGAGGAAUAAUACAUUUUUAGUGCCAAGGUUAAUCAUAGGUCCCCUCACUACAGGUGUUACGGAAGAAGGUAUUGCAGUAUGGCAGAGUGUGUGAGUGUGAGAGAAAAAUGAUCCAAUGGCAGAGCGCGGAAGAGGAGCUCCACUUUUACCGAGUUUUGAAUGUUACGCAGAAUCGCUUUACUGUUAUUAUUACUGCCACAAGUAUGCGUUUAGUCCAAAUGUUCACGUACGAGGUGUGUCAGAAAGUUCAAGGACUGAUGUCACAAAAGAUACACGCAGUGGUGUCGACAUAUACAAAUUGAAUUUAUUCCAUGACCACGCUUCAUCUUUUUCCUUUGACAUGAAUUGAAAUGCACAUUUUAAAAAAUGUAUUUGAUGAAACCAUACAGCAGGGGUGCUCAAUGCGUCAAUCGCAACGACACUUUUUACAGGAGAACACGGGUCAGCGAGUUCCCCCCGUAUUUUAAGCUCUCGUUUAAGAAAUCUUAACAAACGUGAAGAAGACAAAAACAUAUGACUUUCAUACAGACUGGGAGGCAGAUUUAUUUUUCACGAUGUCGUUCUUUCGAAGUGCGUUUGCCUCAUCUGCCAAUGGAGUGAAAUGUGUCGCGGCAUUUGGACGCCGCCAUUCCGCCGAAAAGCAAGCUGAGAAUGAGAAAAGUUGAACAAACUAAAAUCACAACUGGCCGCACGACAGUCACUUUUCGCACAAUAUGGUUCGGCAGCGAAAGCCGCCACCGACGCAUCGUUUCCGGGUUCGUCGUUAAUAACGAGAAGUCCUUCCAAGACUGAGAGGUGGUCAAAGAGGCAUAGCUGGCACGUUGUCCCGAUCUUUUAAAAAUAAGGCGGAAAUAUUAUCUUCAGUAAAAUCUCUGCAGCUGUAAAGGAGUACAGUUACACGGCGUUGCGAAGCCAUGGCUGAUGUGUUGAAGGACAUCUCAGAUUGCGAGCGUUUCUCACUGCCGUUGGACGAAUCCACUGACGUGAGUGACACAGGCCAGGUGUGCAUUUUCAUUCUUGUUUGCGUUUAGUGAUCAUCAACGUGAACUCAGAUAGUUACAAAAAAUGUUUAUAGUUAAUUAUGUUGUGUCAUGGGGUUAUGCAAGGCACACAAAGAUACAUUUACACAUAAAGAAUCCUCAAUAUAAACAUUUCAAAUAAAUGUGUUUUGCAUUUUUAUAGUGGCUUGAUCUCUGUGACAUGGUCAUUCUAUUUCAUCAUUGGUCAUUCUAAAAAGUCAAUCGCGAGAGGCUGGCUGCUUAAGAGUAGAUCUUAAAAAGAAGUCUGGGCACCCCUGCCUUACAGUAAUGACAUAAAUACAAGAUUUAUGUAACCAUUUUUUUUUUUUUUUGCUUCAAUGUACAUCGUGCUCCUCCUGUUGUGAGCACCUCGGCCACCGGGGGGCGAACAAUACAAACAUAGAGGAAAAAAGAAGAAGAGUUUCACGACUGACGGAGUGACCUGCAGUAAUAUUUGCAGUUUUUCGCAAAGUUGUGUUGGUCUGUGGUCACAUGUGUGUUAAGACCACGCCACUGAUGCCAUUCGUUCGCCCUUUUAUGGCGUUUUGUAUUGUUGUUAGCAUUAAGCUCAAAGGACUGUUGGAAGGAAGGCAAAAAAGGAGUUGUUUUAGAAGCACAAUGUGUGAUUCUCUUUGUGGCUUGUUUGGUUUGGUUUGGUUUGACAGUAAACGUCUACUGGCAGAGGCACUCAACAGCUUGAAUCUUCUUUUUUUUUGAGGAAUUGUUCACGUUCUGGCAAAGUACAGCUUGUUGUGACGUGAGUUGAGUUCACUUUCACCAGAAUUGCUCGAAUGACAGCUUGUAUCUCCCAAAAAACUUCCAAGUCAGGUUACUCAUCCUCCAAGGCUGCACUCUGUCUCUUUUGUAACAUCACUACUGGAACUUUUCUGACACAUCUCAUAUGUCAUACUUCCUUUUUUUAUUUUUUUUUUUUUUGAACUUUUUUCGUGAAUGUUUGUGUAACAUGGAGUUACAGAUAGUUUAACAGAUUCUGCAUUUAAGCACAUAUUUUAUGCAAUAUUUGUGUGCUGUUGCAAGGUGAAACAUUCUGCCUGCAUGCCCUUUUUUUUGGGUGGGGGGGGGUCUUUUUUUACAUAAGCUGAAGGUACAUACCAGAAACUCCUGGUGCUCACCAAGACCAAUGUAUGAAGGAACAAAUUUUAUAACGUUUUUUUAUGAAAUAUAUUGUGUGCAAAAGAAUUUCAAAACAACUAUCAACUGUCAUUUUUAUUACUGUUCACCCACUUUUUUUUAUCCAUGUAUAUAACAUUUUUGCAUUAAAAACCAUCGAA